AUUUACCAUAAGCCUCGGCUCUCCGAAGUUCUGACUCUGUUAAAAUAAACCAGGUUCCGGGUCCGGUCGUACCGGCAAGGCGUCGGGGAUGUAAACGAGCUGCUGCGGAUUAGUCGCGUGGUGACGGAGAGUUGUUGUGACGACACGGUAACAUGUUGAUGGCGAGCCAGGCGUGGCUGGAGUCUUCCCUGCGUCGCUCUGGCAGGCUUGGCUUGGAAGUGCUGGAGCGAGCGUCCAGGCGCGGCGUAGACUGGACCGGCAUCAGAGCGUCCCAGACCUCUGCGACGUCCGACCGAGACGCUACUGAGAGUACCCAGUCGGAGCUUCGUGAUGCCUUCGCAAAUAUCGUCGUGUUCAUGGCACAGACGAGCCGCCGCUGCAAGAAGUAUUAUGAGUCUGGCAGCUCCGGGGAGCACAGCGCCGCUGAGAGGAAGCACAUGUCCAGGUUUCACAUGCAGCAGACGACAUCUACACGGCCCAGGAGAAAACCUCGUUUCCCGCAGAGCCCCGUCGUGGCUAGGGAUGAAGACUUUUACAUCGAGGUGUCACCUGGAACGUACUCCGUCUCUGCCAGUUUCCCAGAUUCACAGCCACAGACUCACCUGGUCAGCAUUCAACCUGGAGAGAGCGCCGUCCUCACCUUUAACCUCUGACGUCUUGGCUAAGCUGACCUGGCCGCCCUGAGCUUCAAUAACAGAACUGACCAAUGCUAAGGCUACGUGUGUGUGUGUGUGUGCGUGUCCUUCUUGUCUUUUUUAAAGUCUAAUGCUUUGCUUUCAAAGUGGAUUGCUUUUUUUUAAAUCAUGGAGAAAAGCCAUAUUAUUGGACAUUUUAUACAUGGUUAGCAGAAUUUUACCCAGCAUUAUGUAAACAUUUGUGGAUUUUAUAACCUGCGAUGCUACCGCGCUUUAUUUUUAUUUUUUUACAAUAAAAUAUUUUUUUUUUCACAAU